AUGACUUCUGAAGGCUUCGCGAAACCAUGGGUAGAGUUCGAAGAGGAGUUUGGAGAGCGCCCAUUGCUCCCCUUUGACUCUGUCGAAGAAUGCCUGGAAGGCUUUGGGAAGAUCGGUGCAAAAAUGGUUUCCCAGUACACCUUCCCACCACCCGAUCCUGCCGUAAAGAUCGAGGACAGGACUAUUGACGGUGAUUUAAAGGUGCGUAUAUACACACCAGAAGGAUAUUCUGGAGGCAGACCGGUCGGUGUAUACUACCACGGUGGAGGCUGGGCCAUGGGCGACAUAGACGGCGACGAUUCGUUUUGCAGGUCUAUCUCCAAGGGCGGCAACGUUGUACUCGUAUCCGUUGAGUAUGGCCUCGCGCCACAGAACAAACACCCAGGCCUGAUAAACGACUGCUUCACGGGGCUUCAAUGGACACUGAAUCAUGCCAAAGACCUAGGCGGCAUCGAUGGCAAGAUAUUCACGGCUGGUGUAUCUGCAGGGGCCCAGCUUGCUAUUGCGAUAGCUCUAAAAGCACUUGAUGAAGGACUGGGCGACUCGUUGGUUGGCGUGGUGGCUCAAGUGCCAGCAACUAUCCAUCCUGACGGUAUUCCAAAGGAAUUAAAGUCCAGAUACACUUCUUACGAGGAGCACGCCAAUCACACCAUCGACACCGAUCGAGCGAUGCGCACGUUUUGGAGUCAGUAA